AUGAUACUUUUCGUCUUCAACCAGCAGCCUAGCGCAGCUGAUGAUAGAAAACGAAGCAGCUUGAAAAAACUCGGGUGUAGAAACCUCAUCGCUCUCGGCCUGACUCUCAAGAUCAAGGAACUGAAAGAUGUGGGGGUAGGGGUGAUCGACGAUCUCGUCACGGCCGGCCCGCACAUCGGGGAUAGGCUGGAAAAACGUAUCUUCUCCAACCGUGACAUUUACAAUUGCGUUGUCGGCGUCGGGGCUGAACUUACAACUUCAGCCUACGAAAAAUUCCUUUCUGUCACAUCAUCAUGGCCUUCGUCCCGCACCUCGGAUACGGGAACUCAAGGCCGCCUUCAAACCACCGCGCUGUGCAAUGAAACCCCCCCGGCCGCGCACUCUGGUCUUACCUCCGAAGCUGCCCAACAACCGAUCAACCAAGCCACGACUGCCCUUUUGGAUGCAAGUACCCCCCACCCUUGCGAUUACCACAAAAUUCUGCACCUAUUCGCUAACACCACGUCGGGUAACCAGAGCCUCGAACCAGUCGACGAAUGGUGUCUGGACUUCAGUUUUAUGGAAUUUCUGCCUGGCGAAGUAUCUUUUACCUUCUAUCAACAGGGCUCUCAUCAAGGAGGUUCCGCUCCCCAUCCGCACUAUUGAUCAUGUAGUGUUUUUGUUUUGUACCGAAGCGCCAUUAUGGCAAUUCCCCCAUUUGUCACGUGGAUACCGUCGUUUUCAUAGAGCUGGAGGAUGUCACCAGCCUGUAGAUCCACGGGCUGAAAAUCGCGUACGAUCGUGGUGGCUUCGGGGCCAGUGCUUAUUCUCGACUUGCUGAGCGAAAUCGUGG